AUGUGGCAUGCGGCACUGUUGCAUGUAGCACGGUGUAUUUCAAGUCAGAUUGAAAGGAAACUGUUCAUCUUUGCGGGACAACGCAGCAAGGAGUACUUGAAUGAUUUCUUCACGUACGAUGUAGAUUCGGGAGUGGUGAAGCAGAUCAGUGAUGGCAGUAAGAGGCAGAUAAACUCUCUGCCAGCCGCUGGCUUUACGCAGCGAGCCACCAUCGACCCGACACUCAACGAGAUCUACGUUCUCUCGGGAUUGAGCAAAGACAAAGAAAAACGUGAUGAUAAUGUUCAAAACUCCUUUUGGGUCUACUAUAUAAACCAGGACAGAUGGUCUUGUGUUUACCAAAACGAGAACACCGGAGAACAGUACUGGAACAGAAUGCAACACGUGGAGCCAUGCCCUCGGUUUGCUCAUCAACUUGUAUAUGAUCAUGUAAAUAAAGUGCAUUACCUAUUUGGUGGCAACCCGGGACGAACGUGCUUGCCUAAAUUGAGGCUGGACGAUUUCUGGCGACUGUCGUUGAUCAAGCCUUCCCACUCACAACUCCUUCAGAGGUGCAAAGUUCUCAUCCGGACCUUCAGGUACCAAGAGUUGGCCAUGACCGAGAGUCUGACUGCACUACACUACCUGCAGACUGCCCUGUCAGAGAUCAUAGACCAUGAGGACCAGGAACAGACUAAGGAGUUUCAGCAGCUAGCGUCACUCAUCUUCCAGGACAAGAAGUGCAAUGUGGAUGGAGACUGCAACAGUCAUGAGCACAGGUUUAAACUUUAUGAGCAACUGGCUGUGUUCUUUCCCGAAUCUAUGACGCAGCCGACAGCUAACUUGCUGGACCUCCUAGUAACUGAGCUCGUACCACUGUAACCGAACCUCUUCUUCCCACCGCCUAGUCAACCCACCCAACUCUGAACAUUCAAUGUCUUUCUUUAGGUCACUUAUUUUAGGUAAUCAUUAUGAAACCUAUAUUGGACUAUUGGAUUAUGUGUAAAUAUUGUUUUUGGCAAUUGUUAUUAUUGUAUACAUUUAUUAUUUAAUCAGCUCCAUUAUCGGUUUUUUUCUACUACUUUGGUUAUUCACUGUAAGAUAUUAGUAAGUUGGACGUGACUGGAAGAACAGGCUGUGGACUUGCUCAUUUGACAGACUAGAAUAAUUUAGAUUUAAUUAUACACUGUGGACUUCUUACUUACAAAAGAGUGUAUUGUCGACAGUUUUUUCUACUUUAGAAAAAUGAAAGUACCAUAGAAUAAUUUAUUUUAUUAAGUUUAAGGGACAUUGUUUUGAGUUUUUUAAUUUCUGUAUAUAAACAGCAAUCCUUCUUUUACUCAAAGAAAUAAAUGUAUUGUUAUCUGUAUUUAAUUAAUGUAUUUGAGUGUAUGUGUAACAAAUAUUUUAAAGGUUGAUGAAUUGUUGGUCUUGUUUGAUUACCAAAAACAACCAAAAGACAAACUGUAUAUUUUUACAUAUUUCUUCACAAUAUUGAAAUUUGGGUUUUUGAGUUUUCUAAUGGAUUUAUUAAGGUUUUCUCAUUGUAGAUUUGUUGCCAUGUACAUAACUUUGUAUUAUUAUCUGAUAAGUUUAUUUACCAAUUUGGAAAUCAUAAAUGCGUAUUGGAAUAUUUGUAAUCUGUUCUGCUUCACUGUAUUCCUCUUGUUAUUUAUGGAGAUCUUACUUGAAACAUUUUAAUUAUUUUUUCUACCAGUUUGUUGGAUUCAGUAAUGUAUUGUGCAGCUGCAAUCUCUUUGAAUGAUGUUAUUAAUUAAUAGAUUAAUGUCAUUAAUAUUAUGUUUUAAUGUCUCCUUCACAUACAUUGCAUGUACACAAAUGAAUAUGGUUUGAUUAUCUAAAAUUAAAAGAAAAUAAUUUAUAAUAAAGCCAAUAUAUUCUAAGCAUAAGAAAUCUGUUAAUGUUUAUAUCUUGUUGUGUUUUAAUAAGUUUUGUAUAUGUUUAUGUAAUUUUAAAGUUUUUAUUUAGAAAUUGUUUUUGAUCAAUGGUACUAAACAUACAUGUCAUAAAUUAACCCUUUUAGUGCCAUGUCAUUUUAUCAAUUCCUAUGUGAAAUUUUCUUUUUGCAAAAUGUAGUUUUAAGGAAAUCCAUGGUAUCUUUAUUUUUCAACUUAUUAUCCUCCAAUGUUUGCCAUUUGUAAAGAAUUAACUUUGUUUUAAAAGAGAUAUAAAAAUAACAUUUUUGUUAAACUGAAAUAUUAAUUAAAAUACAAAAAAAGAAACCAAAAUUCUGACUUUCAAUUAAAAUAAUGUAUAGGUACAUUUUUUCAUAAUUAAUUACACAAGUUACAAAAUUUUAUGUCAAUUUAAACAGGUGUAUGAAUACUUUGUUAUAAUAUAAUAGUAAACAUUUAAAAUUCAUUUUUCAAAAACCAUUCUUGAAAUUGUUUUUGAACAAACAUUGAACAAUGGUUUUUGAACAAUUAGUAAAAGCAAAAUAUUUACUUGUAAAAUAGUAACAAAUUAUCUAUUGCAUAAGUCACCAAAACACUAAUUGCAAUUACCAAUACAAUUAGUAAAACGUCUGUAGCUGCAGGUCUAAAUACAACAAACUUCACAACAAAGUAAUUGGAAAACCCCAGCUGCACCAGGGUAAAGGCAUGAAAUAACAAAAAUUCAUUGGGAUGAACAUUUGGCUUUUGAACUAUAUUAGCCAGAAUACUGAAAAAUAAAGAUACAAAAUUUGCUUUAACAAAUUUGUCAUGUCUAUGUCAUUAAUUCCAGCAUUUAAUUAUUAUUACGGACCAUCGUUCAUAAUGAUCCUCAGUAACCAAAGGGUUAAUACUGUUAUAACUUCAAAUUUAUGAUGGAAAUAUGAAUCACUUACUACACUUCUGAUUUUAACUAAUUUUAUAGUGAUUGUAUGUCUUUUAGAGGCACAAAAUAACUUUAUAGAGCAACAACAUAAAAUUGAAAUCAUAGUAACAUUAUUUGGUAAAGAGGGCAUUUACUAGAACAAUAAUUUUAUAGAUCAAUUGAAAUAAUAUUUUACUUUGAUCAUACGAGUUAUUUUUCAAUAUAUGUAGAUAGAUGAAUUUUUAAUUUCCACAUGUGAUAUUAUACUUCCCAUUUUAAGUUAAUUUAGAACCAAAUAAACUAUUUGUAAUGGAAGUGAAUUGGAUUUAAAUGGAAAAAUUUCUAAGUUCAAAUUUGUUUUAUAUUUUGUUUAUUUUAGUAUUAUUGUGUUAUUGGUAAGACUUAGUAGCCAUAUUGGUGGACUGAAUGGUGGUUGAUGAGUGUAAAUAUGUGUGUUUAAUAAAGAGAGGUCUUUUUCA